AUGAGACCUCUUACAAGUUGUCCUCCGAUCAUUCGGAUCGCCAAUGGCACCUUCUAUCGCCAUCAUCCAAACACUACUACAUCACGGCCAAAUCCACCUCUUUUUAGCGACUUGAAUUUCGAGCUGGCUUCUACAUCAAACUCGCCUCGGAAUUGGUGUAUCGUUGGACCAUCGCUAUCAGGAAAGACAACAUUCCUGCAGGCUUUGAAAGGAAGAUUCCUUUGCGACCCACCUAUUGCAAGAUCCUAUCCGUACCUUUCUUCUGAGAAUGUUCCUAAACGGUUACGCACGCCGCAAAAGGCGAUCCAGUAUGUGGGCUUUGAUGCAGAACAAACUGGUGGCGGUUUAGGCGGUAGUGUUGCCACGAGUGCGUACUUAUCGGCUAGGUAUGAGUCGAGACGUGAGAUUACAGACUUUUCUCUCAAGGACUUUCUUCUAGGAAACACAGAGCUUAAUCCUAUGAAGGCGGAACAAGGCGAUGACGAUGCUGCCAUAUCACCCGACCUGUUGUCCCGAGUUAUUAAGGAUUUGGAAUUGGAGAACCUUCUUGAUCUACCUGUCUCGUUUCUUAGCAAUGGUCAAGGUCGAAGAGCACGUAUUGCUCGUGCACUUCUGACGAAGCCAGAAGUUCUAUUACUCGACGAGCCUUUUAUGGGACUGGAUCCUCCUACAGUCUCUGGAUUGAGUCCUCUACUACAUUCGCUAGCUGAAAAGGCAAGUCCUCGUCUCGUUCUAAGUGCGAGGCCUCAGGACCCCGUGCCUGACUGGAUUACUCACUUGGUAUAUCUGAGAACAGACUGCCAAGUGGGCUCAAUGGGUCCCAAGGAGGAGGUCCUUGAAGGUCUGAAGAAAUAUGUACAUGGUGUUCACAAAGGAGGUCUUGUUGAGGACGAGAAACUUCCAUUGCACUCGCUUGUCGACAUUGGCCGUGUGCUACCCUCAGCUGCUUCUACGGAAGACUCAGGUCAUACAGAGCAAUCAUCGUUCAACGAGCUAGAACCAAGGAAUCCUGACGCUGAGCCUCUCGUUGAGAUGGAUGGCUGUAGGGUUCAGUAUCGCGGAAAGGUUGCUCUGGGUAACUGGACACAGCAAACUACUGAUGGUUCCAGAGAUGGCUUGAUUUGGACGGUUCGACGUGGCGAGCGGUGGGGUGUUUUCGGUCCCAACGGAUCAGGCAAGACGACGAUUGUCUCACUGCUCUGCUCCGAUCACCCUCAGUCUUAUUCCCUCCCUAUCAAGUUAUUCGGACGAUCUCGUCUUCCAGAACCUGGCUCUGGUCAACGGCCGCUCACUUUCUGGGAUAUCCAAUCGCGAAUCGGGCACUCUAGCCCCGAGGUUCAUCAGCAUAUGCCUCGAAACCUGACCAUCCGCCAGACUAUCGAGAAUGCAUGGUCAGAAACCUUCCGUGCGAAGCCAAAAUUAGACGACGCUGCUAAGGAAAAGGUCGAGGCGGCUCUCCGAUGGUUUGCGCCUGAGCUACAUCCAGCUUAUUCUUCAGCGUCGCACGAGAACCUCUCGUGGGCGGAUGAUUACAUGUUUGGUGGUCUCUCAUUCAGUGCACAGCGUAUUGCGCUUUUUGUCCGCUCCAUGAUCAAGAGUCCAGAUGUCGUGGUCCUCGAUGAGGCCUUCAGUGGCAUGGAUGAUGCAGUGCGGGACAAGUGUACACUGUUCCUAGAACAGGGCGAAUCUAGGACAUACCGCGGCGAAGAGAUCGUUGAGAGUGACACCUCAAAGUCUGGUCAGGUAAAAAUCCCUGGUCUUUCUGACCAGCAGGCGCUGAUUUGCAUUGCCCAUGUUAAGGAGGAAGUGCCGGAUUGUGUGAGGGAGUGGUUAUGUCUUCCUGAGGCUAAUACGGGAAGUCCAGCGAGGUUUGGGAGAUUGGAUGGCCCAUUGAGAAUUGAUGAGAAGAGAUGGCAUGGGGUAUGGGGUUUCUAA